AUGGUGAUUGAGAAAUGCUUGUUGAAUUGGGGGAUUGAUAAGUUGUUUACUAUUACUGUUGAUCAUGCAAGUUCAAAUGAUGUUGCUAUUGGUUAUUUGAGAAAGAAAUUUAACCCUCGAGGGGGUUUAGUUCAAAAUGGUAAAUAUCUUCGUAUGAGAUGCAUGACACACAUUGUGAAUUUGAUUGUUGUUGAAGGUUUAAAGGAAAUAAAUAAAUCUGUUGAACGUGUUAGGGGGCUGUUAGAUAUGUGGAAUUCGACCUACUUAAUGUUAAACACUGCUCAGAACUUUGAAAGAGCUUUUGAGAGAUUUGAGGAGCAAGAUACAAACUUUAGGGCUGAACUUGAAAGGGGAGAGGGUUGGCCUAGUGUGGAUGAUUGCGAUAAUGUUAGAAACUUGAGGGAUUUCUUGGAACAUUUUUAUGAAGUCACUUUGUGUAUAUCUGGCACUUCAUAUGUCACAUCCAAUAUUUUUUUUGAUGAGCUUUCUGAAAUUGAUAUUCUUUUACGAGAUGCUCAAGUAAAUAGUAAUGUUGAUUUCAAUGUUAUGGCCAUCAAGAUGAAAGAGAAGUAUGAUAAGUAUUGGGGUGAUAUUGAUAAGAUGAAUUUGCUUAUGUUUGUUGCUUGUGUUUUAGAUCCUAGACAAAAACUAAAGUAUCUUGAAUUUGCACUUAGUGAAAUGUCUAGUUUUGAAAAAGCUUGUGGAAUGAUGCAAAAAUUGAAGGAAUCUUUGUAUGAAUUGUUUGAUAAGUAUAAGCCUCCACUUCAUAGUACUUGUAGCCAAUCGAGUGUGCUAACACAUGUUUCUCUCGGUGAACCACAAAAAAAAAUGGAAAGGCAAAUGCAAGCUUUGUAUAAAAAGCGUGAGUUGAAAAUUUGUGGUGAGGAUAAAACAUCUGAGUUGGAUAAUAUCUAG